CCUACUCUUCCACCUUCCCUCCAUUCUUCGCCCCCCCUUGUGCAACACACCACGACGCGCCCGAGUGUUUGCAUCCAUAAACUCCAUCUUGCUCUCUACUACACACACAACUCCUGGCGUUGUUGCCGCACAAGCCCGCUUUUGACAAAUAUACACAACUUUUGCUCGUGACCAACGCCCAAACACGCACUCGACGUGCGCACGGCCCCUCGCAACCCGCCCACAACCCAAGAGUCGUGACGACCAACGACCGACACCCGACGGUCAACGACCACACACCUCACUCAACUAAUAUCGUCUCUACGUCUCUGGCUCGAACAACGCGUGCUACGUCCGCCCCAUACCCACAGCCACGACCAGUUCAUGAACACGACGCGGUCCCGCCCCUGUUGAUCGCACCCCGUCAACAGCCGCCGCCACGACGACCCCUCUACGCGUCGUAGCUCGGAAGGAUCUCUUUCCGCGCGUCUCGACUCUGGUCCGCCGUUGCCCAUCGCGCGCGCAAUCCUCUUGUGAUUGAGGCAUCCACCCCUACUCCAUCACAUAGUGACCAUGGCGAUCUUCAAGAAGAAGGCCAGCAAGGAGCGGGAGCAUGGAGCGCGUUCCCCUACGAAUAGUCCGCCCGUUCAAGCGCCGCCCAUGAUGCAGACCAUGGCUGCUGCUGGGCAGGAUGCCGCUGCUGCUUUCAGCCCCGCAAACCCCAACUCGAACCCCCGCAGGUUAACAAAUCAGCAGGCCAUGCCGUACGCCGUGCCGCCGCCGCAGGGCAUCCUUGUUGAGGCGGCGUCGGGUCGCAGCUCUCCUGGUCCCGGCUUCAACUACGGAACCGGCCAUCCAUCAACAACCUCGCUCGGCGCGACGCACCCUCCUGGCGCUGCUCCGCCGCAGCUGAACGGACCUUCGCCUCUGGCUACAUCUAUGCCUGUCACUGGGCCCGCGUCUCAGUCGUCGUCCAACCUUCCCCCUGGAGCUGCGUCGGGGCCUGGAUAUCCAUGGUCUACACGGACGCUCAGGCUCUACCAGCCUCCCCCGACCGCGCCAGCCGCGACACCGACGUCCCCUUUCCCCAGAUAUGGCCUCAGUGUUCCCUCGUACCCGUCUCACUCGGGCCACAUGCUCCUGUUUGGUGGCUUGGCGCACGACAGAGCACACAACGACCUGUGGAGCCUUGACGUGCGCGACUGCUCGCUUCAGCUCGUCAAGACGCGCGGAGACGCGCCUCUCGCCCGAAUCGGUCACGUCAGUGCGAUCGCCGACAGAGUAAUGCUGGUCUUUGGUGGUGACACCAAGCUCACCGAGACCGACAAGCAAGACGACGGUCUCUACAUUCUCGACCUCCGCACACAGGAGUGGACUCGCGUGCCCGUUCUGGCUGGACCAAGCGGGCGCUACGGGCAUGCCGCCUGCAUGGUCGGCAACACAUUCUAUGUCCACGGUGGCCAUGUUGACGGCCGUAAUCUCGACGAUCUCUGGGCCUUUGAUGUUAGCCAGUUGGGCAAGGAUGGCGUUCAACGGUACCAGUGGGAGCGCGUGAGCUACUCGUCGCCAGCACCGCUCGCGCGUACCGGCCACACGCUUGUUCCGUUCCGUAACAAGCUCUACCUGUUCGGCGGUACCGAUGGAGACUACCACUACAACGACUCGUGGUCAUUCGACAUUACCACCGGCGCCUGGUCGGAGCUCGAGUGCAUCGGCUACAUUCCCAUUCCUCGCGAGGGCCACGCCGCUGCCAUUGUUGACGAUGUCGUCUAUGUGUUUGGUGGACGAGAUGUCCAUGGCAAGGACCUCGGCGACCUUGCUGCCUUCAGGAUCUCCAAUCAGCGAUGGUACAUGUUCCAAAACAUGGGCCCAUCCCCAAUGGCCAAGUCUGGCCACAGCCUCUGUGCGGCGCACGGCAAGGUGUUUGUUGUCGGUGGAGAGUCCAACUUGUCGCCAGCCCACGUCCGAGACGACCCCAACCUCGUCCACGUCCUGGAUACGACCAAGAUCAAGUACCCAGCAGACAACCCAUCGGCUCGCGGCUCGACUCCUGCCACCAUCCGUCCACGUACCGCCUCGGAUGUAGGCGGCCGCCCAGGGACUGCCCCGGGAGGAGCAGGGCCUUAUGGUGGAGGGUCUCAAGUCGUCGUCCCAGGUGGCCCGGGCACGGGGUCCAUGGCUCAGUUCUCUCGCUCUUAUGACAACCUUGCGCGCUCCAUCUCUCCUUCUGUCGUUGCUUCAGAGCCUCGUCCUCUGAUCAUCACAAACGAAACGGGUUCAACUCAGUCUAGACACACGCCGAGGUCGGAGUCUCAGGACUCGGGCCCUCCUCGGCCGAACCCGAACCCGAACCCGAACGGCGUUCCGCCGCAGAGGCCACGCCGGGAAGGUGACGAGGAGUACCGUCGUGCCAUGUCCCCGCCAGUCAUCGUCACUAGCGCCAAUGGUACUGCCGUGUCCAGCCCUGCGACCGAACGCGUCGUCACGCCGAACGGCAUCAGCAGCCCCACCUCUCCCCAGGCCCAUGUCACGAGCCAUACGAUCCAUCCAAAUGUCAGAAACACGCGUUCGCCGCCCCCUCAACUUCGCAACGGUGAGGGCUUAGACCGCCCUGCCCUUCCACCUGACGCAUUCUACUUUGGUGGACGGUCGCCCAACUCUGGAAGCCGGCCCAACUCGAUCAAUGCUGGCCGACCGGCGUCGUUCUUAGGACGCCCGGGUUCCAUUGUCGGCAACCGCCCCAACUCGAUUGCUGGCACGGCCGACUUGCUUCGUGAGCUCAAGGCACGAGAGACCGAGGCGGACGGGGCCAAGCGUCGCGAAGCUGCGAUGCGUGUUAUUCUCAGCCGCGCUGUUCAGCAAGGCUUUGUUCCUGAGGAGGAGACGGCUGACCUUCCCUCGGGGGACCUUGUCGGGGAGAAUGAGACCGUGCGCCAGCUCGUCGACGCUCUCUUGCAGAUGAAGCAGGACAAGGCCAACCUCCAGAACGAUGUGGCAAACCAGAUGCGCGUCGCCAGCGAUAAGAUUCAGGAUGCCGAACGCCUCCAGAAAUCAGCACUUCAGGAGGCUGCCUACUACCGCGCCAAGGCCGCCGCACUGGAGACCGGUUCCACUGUCGAUCUCAGCCGCGUCGAGGCUGAUCGCAUCGUCGACCUUGAGCGCCAGCUGGAAGCGAGCGCCAACGAGCAGACCGCCUCUCAGCAGGAGCUUGAGCGAUCCAAGGCGGACCUAGCCCAUCUUCGCGAGAUCAACUCGUCGGCCGAGGAGCGUGAGGCGGAGACUCUGCAGCGCGCCGAGCAGAUCGAGGAGGCUCACUCCCAGCUUCUGGAGGAACUCGAAGAAUUGCGCGAGCAGUCGGCUACCAAGGACAAGCAAUCGCGGGACCUUACCGAGCGCUUCAUCACCGUCAACUCGAACCUUCAGCAGCGCGAGUCGGAGCGCAACCAGUUCAGGAGCCAGCUCGACGACAUCACUGGCAAGCAUGAUGAGCACCUGCAGCUGAUCGAGGCUGUCCAGGCGUCUCUGGUCGCUGCCGGUGUUCGUUCGGCGGAACUUGAGGAGCUCCACGCAGGCUCCCGAGACAAGGUGGCCCAGCUUGAGCAAGAGUUGGCCGAAGCUCGUCACGAGCUCGAGGCCAAGGCAAAGGAAGCCGAGGACGCCAGGCAGCGUGCUGUGGAGGUGGAGGGUCUUCACGCCAAGUCGGUCGAGGAGGCCACGUCGUUGCGCACCAUCACCACUGGCCGUCUCGGGGAGCUUCUCGAGUCGAACCGCAGUGUCAACGGCGAUAACGAGCGCUCCAUCAAGGGCCACCAGGACCAGCUCCGAGCUUUGGAAGAGGAGAAGUCUUCGUUGCUCAAGCUGCUGCGCGAGGCUGGCCAGCGUGUCGACGCGACCGAGCUGGCUGCUCAUACCCACCAGCAGAAGGCACGCGAGAUCGAGACGACCCACAAGGCCCUUCGCGGAGAGAUGCGCCAGCACCGCACCAAGCUCCUCACUACCCAGAAGGAGAUCGCCAAGUACCGCGACCUCUACGCGGCCAAGGACGCCGAGCUCCGGGAACGCGACCAGGCUGUCACCGAGCUGCAAACUCGUGUUUCACUGCUUCGCAAGCACCUUGGCGAGCACGGUGUCAACGUGUCUGAUGCCGACCUCGACUCGCUCGAGACCCCCACCUCGCGUGAACUCGAGACGCAGCUUCGCGACAAGUCUCGCGCGCACGAGAGCGCUCAGCGCGAAAUCGACGAGCUCACCCGUCGUUGCCAGGAAGCCGAGGACAAGGUCGAGUCUCUCGGCCGACUCGUCGAGCGUGUCAAGGACACUCGCAGCCCCAGCGCCGCUUCUAUGCGGUCACCCACCCCUCCCAGCGACUCUGACCGUCGUGCGAUCGAGGCCGAACGCCGUCUCCACGAAGUCGAGGCGCAGCACAAGGAGAAGAUGGCCGCUCUCGAGGGCGACUACCAAACUGCUGUCCGCUACGUCAAGGGCACCGAGAAGAUGCUCAAGCGCAUGAAGGACGAGCUCAACAAGCAGAAGACGACCAACAGCCAGCUGAUUGCCGAGCUCGACAGCUACCGUGGACGCGCUGGCUCGACUGAGCCUGGAGCUCGUGGCAUCAGCGGCCGAAGCACACCCUCUGUUUCUGAGGGCGAGCUUCACCGUCGCCUCAACACCCUCCAGGGCCAGUACGUCAGCCUUCAGCAGGAGCUGCAGGCUUCUCAAGACGGCUUGAGCGCGCGCCAGCGCGAGGUCGACUUACUUCGCAUGCGCAGCGAGGAGGCCGAGCGCGACAAUGAGGUGCUCCGGGACGACCUUGCGCAGGCCACCCACCGCAUCGAGACAUUGCUGGAGAUGAACCAGUCGGGUAUCCACCUAGGCAGUGAUGACGGUGGAGAGAGGCUGGGCCUCCGCCGCCACUCGAGUGCCUCGACAGACGGAGUGACUUCAACAGCGUUUGACAAGUUUACAAACGAGCUGAAACAGUGGGAACGGGCACGGUCACCCGACGCUCACGACGUCGACUUACCCACAUUCCACAACGAUGACCACGCGCUCGACCACGCUGGUGCCCACGCCGGCGCCAAUGGCACGGCCGGCAAGACUGCGCCAUUGUCGAUCAACCACUCUUCGACGACGCCCAAAUCAAACAGCCCCUUCGCCGGCGCCGCUGUCACGGCGGCGGCGGCUCUGAACGACGUGAACCACCAGCGCAACUCGUCGACCUACUCUGGCGACUGGUUGAAUUGAAUGGCCACGAACGAUGAACCGCACAUAGCAUACGAGCAUAGCGAGGUGUAUACCCCCCUUCGCAUGAUAGUGGAGACCCGAGACGAGUGAUAAUGGUGCCACGACCCAUGGACUACGAUAAGACCAGAUUCCGUAUGAGAACUCGAGCGGCUCUUGGCCAACGUCCCUGGCGGCGUGCUUGGUCGAGCCUCUCGAUUUGUAUCCCCUGUUCCCGCCU